CGAGAGAGAGAGAGAGAGGUGUAUCUUGAUUUCGUUUUUUUAAAUUUCUAAUAAUAUCUGUCAUUAGCCUCAACAUUUAAUGUUUUUAUUCAACGAUAUGAACGAUGAAUAUGAAGGAAAGAGAGGAAUCAAUAAAACCCUUGGAUACUACCGUGUCCUUUGAAAAUUACAUCGAACAUUUAAUAACGUUAUUGAAGUAUCUUCGUAUUUGGCGACAAAGGAAUAUAUUUUCUAUGUCAAAACUAAUCGUACUAACCAUCACGAUUGCACUAUCUCUCUUUGCUAAUUUUGUACUUAUAAUAUCGGAAAUUCUAAUGGUGUCGGGUAACUCCGAUGUCGAGCGACUUUCGAAUACUAUCAAUCCUUUGGGUCUUCAUAUGACCGGUUUCAUCAAAUGGAUUUAUUGUAUAAGCAAGAGCAAAGAAAUUAGUAGGAUCGUUGCUGAUUUAAAUCGAUGUUACUUACUUUCGAAGAAAACUAGAAUCAGUAAGACAGGAUGUGAUUUUUCUAAAACGGAAAUGGAAACGGUAUAUAAAGAUUCAAGGAUAUGGCAAUAUGUGUGGACAACGUUUUGCGUUUACGGAAUACUUCACUGGUGUUUCAAUGCACUUAUUCAAAAAUAUUAUGGUCAGAUGAACAAUUUGAAUACAAAUGAUAGUAACGCCAACAUUGAUUAUGAUUCAUUACCAUAUAUAACAUGGCAACCAUGGGAUAUCGGAACUGACAAGGGUUAUGCUUAUUCAUUUAUUAUUCAAUUGAUUGGUGCAUUAACCUCGACUGUUGGUGCAGCUUGUUACGAUAGCUUGCAUAUUUGUAUUUUAAUGGUAAUUUGUGGACAAUUGCGAUGCUUAUACUUUUCAUUGAUCGAAAUUGAUACUAUCGUCGAUGCAAGAAUAUCCAAGGAUCUGGAAUCUUUUGGGAAUUUACCAAUGUUUGUACAAUGCUUAGAAAAUAUAAUCAUCAUUUGCUUGUUAUCUUUUGAAAUGUCGGUCAUUGAAAUUAAGACGGACUCGGAAUCAAUGACGAAAUUACUGAGUUUAUUAGAAUACUUUUCAGCAUUGUCAGUGCAAUUAUACAUCUUUUGUUUUUAUUCUACCAGAAUUUACUCGUUGGGUUUACAAAUCGCCGAUGCCGUCUAUGCAUGUAACUGGGAAAUAACAAUAUAUGAUAAAAUAGAAAACACAACAAAAGACAAGCAAUUAAUAAUGAAAGUAAAACAUUUGAUACUAUUAUUAUCAUUACGUGCUCAGAAGCCUAUUAUAAUGACUGGCGGUCCAUUCUAUGUAUUAUCUUUGGAGACUUUUAAAUCAAUAAUGAGUUUUGCAGUUUCGAAUGCAGUAAUACUUCGACAAUUAUCUGAAAAUUAAUGUUUAAUUUUAAUAGUUUGAUUUUUAAUUAAAAAUGAAGAAAAUAUAUAUAUAUAUAUAUAUAUAUAUAUAUAUAUAUAUAUAUAUAGGUAUCGAUAAAAGCGAAUAAAUUGCAUUAUUACACAUAGUGAUCGACUAUUGAAAAAUAUUUCCAAAGAGAAUGUUUUCCUUCAUUCGCCAUUUUUACGCAUAGUAUUAUAUAUACACACACACACAUAUAUAUAUAUAUGAAUCCAGCAACGACGUAGAAUAACCUAUUGAAAUAUAUGCGCUCCUAAUAAAAAGACGACAAUCCGCAGAUGACUCGCGCAGUUGGCGCGCAUGUAAACACCGCUCGAAUCCAAAGUUCCGACUGAACAACGUGACAUUAACUUUUAUAUAAACGACCUUCUUAUCUCUCUUGUAGAUUAUAUUUCCAUCGUGAAAUUAAUAAAUACUAUUUGUAUAUCUUUUGCUAUCGUUCUCAUCCAUCGGAAGAAUAAAUUCAAUGUUAAGAAUAAAAAAAAAAAAAAAGGAAAAGAAAAAAAUCUUUCCAAUGUCUAUAUCGUCAUACAUCAAUUUUAAAACAUAAUAAUUUGAAUAAAAUGUAAUCGAUAUGCAAAUUUAACGAGUAUUAAUAAACAUAUAUAAACGAUUAAUUUUUUAUUAAUUAAUAAUAACAUUUAAACGUAUACAUCUACAAAUUUUAUAACAACACGAAAAAAUC